GGCUGGUGAGGUCAGCGCGCGCGUGCAUCCGGGGCAUGGAGCGCGUGAGCCAGAAAAUGUCCGGCCUCCAGCUCAACCUGGGCCCCCUGAAGGAGCCGCUGGGGUUCAUCAAGGUCCUGGAGUGGAUUUUUUCCAUCUUUGCUUUCGCCACCUGUGGAGGGUACAGUGGCCAUACCUCCAUUAAAGUCAGCUGUUUCGACACUAAAAAUGAGACCCUUGAGGCGGCUUUUGGCUAUCCGUUCCGGCUGAACACCGUGUUAUUCAAAGACCUGGAUUCAAAAAAAUGUAACAGCACAUGGCACCCGACCCACCUCGUGGGCGACUUCUCCUCCUCGGCCCAGUUCUUCGUCACCUUCGCCGUCUUUGUCUUCCUCUACUGCAUGGCGGCGCUGGUGCUGUACGUGGGGUAUCUGCACCUUUACCGUGGCGCUGGCAAGCUGCCCAUGAUCGACUUUGUGAUCACCAUGGUAGUCACGCUUCUCUGGCUGAUCAGCACUUCGGCUUGGGCCAAAGCCCUGACUGACAUCAAAGUAUCCACCGGGCCUACGAUGAUGUCGGAUAUAGGCUUCUGCCUUUUAGCCCAAAAUUCCUGCCUGUUCGGUGCAGUGAGCAGCAUGGGCUCCCUCAACGUGUCCGUGGUUAUCGGCUUCCUGAACCUCAUUCUGUGGGCAGGCAACGCUUGGUUCGUGUAUAAGGAAACCAACUUGCACAAUCCCCCAGAAGCUCCGGCCCCAGGCGGCACUCCGGCUCCCGCGGGAAUGUAAACGGCCCCGCUGGGACGCACCAGCGCCACGCACGACCCCUCGGCCUCAACUUGGCAUCAGCGCGGCUCAUCUGUCCUAAGUGUAGUCACCAUUUCAACCGGCUGGGGGCGGGUGGGAAUUGCAGAGACAGCUCGGCUUUCAAUUGCGAGCAGGUGCCUUUGAGUUUUGACAGCAGCGGUGCUUUAAAAGGUGUGGCGGUGGUGGGUUGGUUUUGUUUUGGUUUUUUUUUUUUUUUUGCUGUAUUCUACUGAAAUAUUACCCUGGGUGUUGGCAAGGGAGAGGGGCAGCUUCUUCGCGAGAACAGUGGCCCGGCAAAAUAUCUGUAGUGUCUAGGGCAGUAGUUCUCAAACUUUUGUAUUGGUGACCCCUUUCCCGCUGAAUGCGAUUUCCCCGGCCCCCCCCUUAUAAAUUCAAAACACUUUUGUAUAUAUUUAACACCAGUAUAAAUGCUGGAGGCGAAGCAGGGUUUGGGGUGGAGGCUGACAGCUCGCAACCCUCCAUGUAAUAACCUCGUGACCCCCUGAGGAGCCGUGACCCCCAGUUUGAGAACCCCUGGUCUGGGGUCCUAGCCCUUGGCUGGCGUGACCCAGCAGCGCUCUGGUGAACCGAAUAGCGCCGUUGGCAGCAGAUUGGCAUGGAGCUAUUGAUUGCAGAUAGGGCUGGUGCGUGCAGGCUGGUGCAGCGAGUGACUGAUCGCAGAGAGAGCAGUUGAGUUGCAGACGGGCACAGAGAGCGAUCUGUUGGCCAGCUGUAAUCAGUAGAUCUGUGCUAAUUGGGACAGAUCUAGAGCGCGUGCAUGUCAGUAUCAAGGUGUUCAUUGCAGCAGAUUGCUGCUGAUUUCUCUCAGCUGAGUGGCUGGCCCUGCAUUUCAAGAAGUGCCUUUUGUCUUUUACACCCCUCUGAUGGGGGACGGUUUGUAUCUGGGGCACAUGGCGGGGAGGGAAGCUGCAUUUGAAAUACGCUAUUCUCACUUUGUACAUGACACACACAACUUCUCUUGGUUUGAAAACCUGCGUUAGCACCAGGCUUCCUCUGUCAUCGGCCCGAACCGAUUCUUCGUUACAAAAACGAGCUUCAGAAUCUCAGCGUUCGCUCGCUCAGGGCAGAGCCGGUUGGGAGUUUUUUGGACUAACCGUUUUUUCCCCACUGCAAAAUGCAGACUCAUCGAAACGUAAACUUUUUCAAGUUGGGAGAUUUGUCCAAACCAAGCCAGAUACACCACAAUCUGGGUUUGGAAGAAUCUCCUGACGCAGAAAAUGUAUUGGAGGGCAGAAAGUUUAGAAAUUGUCCACACCUUCAGCAUGAAAAGGUUUGGGGGUUUCGAGUCGACAUUUUUGGUUUGAAAUUUUAGUAAGGGUGGGCUUCAAAAGAGCUGACCUCAAAACAACACUUUUUAAAAUCAUGGAAAUGAAAUGUUUUGACCCCAACUGAAAUUUUUUCUGUAUUUUUCAACUUGCCAAAAUUGUCAAGAUCUGGGUUUUUCAUCCCAAAUCAGGACAGGAAAACUUCUUAAUCUCAAAAAUUCUCUCCUCGCUUUAUGAAUCUAAACAGAGGUUUGGAGAGCGCUACUGCAUUUUUAUUUUUGGUUCAGUCACUCUUGUAUAUUUCCCCUCCCACUGUUAGCUUCUAGGCUUCCCGUCCAGUGCUGACUUUUAGCAGACGCUUUCCCUGGAGUUUGAACAUCACACCUGGCUGAUUUGAAAGGGGGCUCCUGGCCCAGCUUGUCUCUGCCUGCAAGUAAAAUCUCUUUUGCAUUUAUCUCUCUUUUAUGCUACGUGGCUGCUUCCAAGAUGUACGCCCUGUAGAGCAAAAGCCUUCUCUGCAUUUUUCUCAGCAGGAGACAAGAAAUCCAUCUCUGAAGUUAAUUGUGUUUGAGUCUGAUUGGUAGACAGUGAAAAACUAUAGAAGGAAGCUUGGCAGCUCGUCAAGCGGUGUAGAUUAACUCCACAGUGAGUGCCAGUUUAGACCUGUGGGAAUCUCACUUUGCUAGCUACCCUUUCCCAUUAGCUUGGUGUCACAUAUUUGCAGACAUUUGUGGGCAGAGUUAAGGGGGCUCUAGUUCGACCCCCAGAUCUGGGCUGGCCAUUCUCCAGCAUCUGCUAUGCAGGAGGUCAGACUGGAUGACCAUCUGAAUUAAGAGCCGGUUGGAAAAUUUUCUGCUAAAUGGUUUUCAGUUGGAAAAUGCGGUUUGCCCCAAACGGAAUUUUUUUGCGAAAUUGUAGCGAUUUUGGGCACAAUGUUUAGAUUAAAAAAACACCAAGGGCAGUUUUGCAAACGUCAAAAUCUCCUGUUUGGUCACGUUUUUCAUUAUUCGUUUUGAAAAUUUUCAUUAGUUGUUUUGAAGCAACAUAUUCUUUCGAAAUACAUGUGUGAGAUUGGACAAAACCCCAAGGUCAGAAUCGUUUGGCGCGAGCUCAAAUGAGUGUUGCGCCCAGAAAUUCAUUGCUUGAAGAAUUUGGAAAUCUUGGCUUUUGGAUGGAGGGGAGGGAAUUGAAAGUUUGAAAAUUUAUGCAGGAGGGAAAAAUCUCUCCCAACCAGCUCUUAUGUCUGUGAUCCAAUAUUUCACUUUUCCUGUGGCAAAGCAGCCAAGCCGUGGGAUGGGCUCGGUUGUGAUGCAGAUGCGCAUGGGACUCUCACCCUGCUCUCGUCGCUGGUUUGUAUUUGCCUGCGAUCGAGGUUCGAAGCUCGGCUUUAAGGUCAUGACAGGUGGAAGCUGGACCUGGCUUUUAAUUUUUUUAUUUACCCUUUUUCUUACGAAUUGUUCAAGAAAUAUGUAUGUCCUGUAUGCCACCGACUUGAUAAUAAAAACCAAUUAUCUCA